AUGAAAAAGCAGCAGCAGCCAGUGCAGCAGCGAGGACAAGUGCAGCAGCAGCGGAAGCUGCAGCAGCAGAGACUGAAGAAGCAGAGGCUGCAGCAGCUGCUGCAGCACCACAAAAGGGGCCAUGAUGGCCAGCUGAGCACUCCAGCAAGGCGAUUUUCCCAGCAGCUGCAGCAGCAGCAAACUCUCGAAAUCACGCUGCGUGGGCAGCAGCUGCUGAGGACCCUGCAGCAGCAGCAGCAGCAGCAGCAGCAGCAAACGCAGCAGCAGCAGCAACAGCAAGCGGAACCGACCGCAAAACAGACAGCCAGCGUAUCUGCUGCAGCAGAGUCUGCUGCCAAUGGCUCUGAAAGUGCUGCUGCAACCGUUAUUGUGUCUGCUGCUGCGGCUGCUGCUGCUGCUAAUGGUGAGCCUUCCCAGGAAGCAAGCCUCCCGCUGCAGCAGCAGCCACAAAAGCAGCAGCAGCAGCAGCCGCAGCUCCUGCUGCAGCUUCUCCAGGGAAACCUGAACCUGAGGCGCUUCUACACAAGCCUUUGCUUGUGGCAGAGUGGGGUCUGCAACAAAUCGGCAGCAGGAGCAGCAGCAGCAGCAGCUGCUGCAGCAGCAAGGCCUGCACGAUAUAGGAGGGCGAGGGCUCUGCGGAGCAGUCAGCGGCCCUUUUCCAAGCACAGCCACAGCAGCAGCUGCUGCUGCAGGCGCUGCAGCAGCAGCAGCUGCUGCUGCUGCAGGAGCUGCUGCAGCGCACGAAGCCAGCAUUCGCAAACUGGAUGGUUUGUGAGGCAGCAGAAGCUGCUGGGGAAGAGUAAUAUGCAGCAGCAAAAAGCAGAAGGAGCCACCACGGCAGCAGCAGCAGCAGCAGUUGCUGUUGCUGUUGCUGCAGUUCCUGAUGCUACUUGA